CUUCAAAUAUGGUUUGUGCACAGGGUGACAAGUGGCAUCCGUGUAUGGAACUCUUUCCUGGAUAUUCAGUAUCUACACUGUAAGAGUGUGCAAAAAAAAUUUCAUCACAAUUUCCAUUUUAAGAAAAUGGUCAUCGCUCAUUUUGGCAUGACCCUAAACAGUGGUUAGUGGGAAGUUUAACCUACAUGAGUGACCUAGCUGAGCCUAUCUUGGUCAUGUUUGUCAUGACCCACGGUGAUGUUAAUGCUAGAAUUGUGUCAACCAUGUCAGUGUAGCUUGUGUAGAGAUAACAGAUCAAAUACAAAAUUUGAAAAAAACAGGAGAUCAGAAAAGAAAAAUGUAAAACUCUGUAAUAACAUAUUUGUGCUAACAUAAAAUGAAAGAAAAAGCAAGGGAAAUUGGAAGUGGAGAGGGAUAAGGUACUGGUUUAUUGAUUUUGUGGCCUUAAAAUGGUCCUAUGACGAAGAUGAUAAUCAUGGAGAGAUUGGAAACAAGACUUAUGGUCCUUAUAGUCUGGUUCCCAUUGCUCCAUGAACAGUCUGAAAAUGAAGUUGUACAUGCAGGCCAGUGUGGACAUCUAGGAGAUUUUCAUCAUUUGCCAUUCAUGAUACCAUGGCAACAAAGUCGCCUCAAGGCACUUCUGUCAUGACUGGAGAGAUGUCAGCCAGGGAGUCUGAUGUCCGAAGGAAAUCAUCUCCAUUCCUGGACGAUUCGGAGGCCGCUGAGGAACUGCGUCAGUUAAGGCUGAAAAUUGCCAGACUUCAAGAUGAAAAUCAGUCAGAGAUUGAUAUGAAUAAUGAGCUGAGGAAGCGAGUGACUCAACUUGAGAAUGAGAAACUCAAACUCACUGCAAGUUCGAAUGAGGAGGUCAACCAACUGGAGGCGCAAGUAGCCAGGCUCCGUGCCCAAUUUGAGAGGGGUGAAGCGGCUCGACAGCAGUUAGAGUAUGAGAUAGCGGUCGCUAAGAGAGGGAUCUCACAAGAGAAGAGCCUUGCAGGUGAACGAGAAGACAGCCUAAAUGCCAUCCUUGAAACUCACAAAGAGAAGAUCAGUGAAUUGACAUCCAAGGUUCAAGAUCUUCAGUCGAGUCUUGUAAGUCAACGACGCUUUGCUGAUGAAACAGAUGUCAAGCUGCGUACUUCACUGGAAGAGAAGGAGCGUGAAUUGCAGGCAGCGAGGGCUGAGCAAGACGUCAUCCGGAGUGAGAAAGAACAACUGGAACAGGUCUUCCAUGAGCAAGAGAACAUCUAUGCAGAAACACAAGAGAAGGUCAAUGACCUAAAGACAGAGAGAGACACCCAGACAAACACCGUGAGGCAGCAACUGAGAGAGUUACAGUAUGCUGCCGAGAGGGAAGACAGACUCAAGAAAGAAGUGGAGGUGACGAUUGGCAGAAUUAAGACUCUUGAGGAAACUAUCGAGGCUGAAAGAGCAGCUCAUUUGGAGUCUAAGUUCAACUCAGAGCUGGUCCAGCUUCAAGUCCGAGAUCUGAAGGGAGCAUUAGACGUGGAGAAAUCGGCUCAUGCAGAGGUUGAACAUAAUGCUGAAAUUAUGACAAAACAGCUCAGAGAUCUGGAAGUUAGGCUGGAAGAAGAACGCAGUUCUGCCAGUAAUGCCAAGCAUCAGGCAGAAAGUUUUUCCAGGGAGAAUGAACUCCUCAAGCAACAGUUGGGUGCUGAGACAAACAGCAAGACAUCUAUCAUCACUAACAUGUCAGCUCAGCUGGAAAUCCACCAGAAGAACUUUGAUGAACUCAAACAGGAACUUAGUAAGGCCAAGAAGCGACAGAUCUAUCUAGAGGAGACUUACGGUGGUAGCAUGCAAGAACUAGAGCUUCUCCUUCACAACUUCCAAUUGAAUGGGGACAAGAUUACUUCCAAGAAAUUAGCCAAGGGGAAAAAAGGUGACGCCAAAAACAAGGAGAAUCUAUCGCCCAUGCUGGUGCUGGAAACACUGAGACAUACUUUGACAGAUUAUCAGAAACGACUAGACACAACAUCUCAGGAGCUUACCAAAAUGAAAAGCCGCUCUGAAAAGAUGGCAGCUGAGUGCGAGAAGUAUAGAGAGGUGACAUGGACUAGGAGCCAGACUAUGCAGGACCUUCAGAAGAAAUUCAGCAGCAGUUACAAGGAGGUUGAACAGCUUCGUCAUCAACUGAGCGAGAGUGAGUCCCAGGUGACAUCACUCAAAAUGGAGCUCCAGCAAGCCACUCACCGAGGAGAGAUGGAAGGCACCAAAGCAGCUGAUAGGAUGGAGGAAUUUGAGAGACGACUCAAGGAGAACCAGGAUGAAGAAGAGAAGCGUCGAAUUUACUUGCACAGCUUAUACCAACGCAUUAUGGCCGGGAGGGUUGUCUUAGAUCCCAAGGAGCCUGUCUUAAGCAGCUUUGCCUGGGAUGAGCUAAGUAUUGCUGUACAGGAUCAGGUGGUUGGACUGAUGACGGGACUGACUCGAGCCAAUGAGAAGGUGGCCCAUCUUGAGACAGUGAUCCACAAUAAGGAUGAGCUACUGCGAGAGGUGCAGCAUGCCCAUGAGGAGAGCUUAGAGAGGCUGAGUGUCAAGGGUAAGGAACGUGAGAAGGAAUGGCGUCGGCAAAGAUCACAGCUAGAGGAACAGUUCAGCCAACAACUGGCCGAUCUGCACAUCAAAUCACAGAAAACACAAAACCUUGCUGACCAGGCCUGGGAGAAAGCUCGGCUGACUGGGGCAGUCAAGCAGGGCUUGGAAGCUGAAUGCUCCCAGCUUGGAGACCAGCUGACCCAGGCUACCAGGGAACGAUCAGGGCUUCUCAUUGGCUGCUGUCUGCUGGCUGGCGCCCUCUUGCCAAUGUUCUCCAGAGUCAAUCAACUUGCGGCUCAGAGAACUUCACUAGAAGAACAAAUUCACAGCCUUGAGACUAUGAGGCAACAGGCCCGGGAGCUAGCUAACACUCUAUCCAUGGAGGAAGCUGAUCUAGGGAAAGAUCUAAGAGACAUCAGUCAGUCAGCCAGGAAUCCAGUCAUGCUGUUCCGAAAAGCUGUUAUUGUCGUCUUAGCAGCAAACAGGUUGAAUCAUUUAGGCCUGAGGAGUUGUGGUAUUUUCACUGCAGUGGACAAUCCUUCAGGUAUUCAUUCCGUCCCAGUCUGCUCAGGAAACAUCAAACCGUCCCAGAGACCAUUCAUGGGUUUGAAGUCAUCUCCUGACAAGCAGACUCAAAGGAGCAAUGUACAGAGUCAGAUCCCAGACUGGUUCACAAGCUCUGCGUUGCUGACAACUGUGGUAGAUUCCUGUAUGGAACUUCAAGAGCUCCUCACUGACAAAGAACAGUUGAACGGAUCUCAGCCCCAAACUAUCAACAACACGGCCAAGUCCUGCUUUGUCAGACUAAUGUCCAAGCUCACACCCAUUUUUGAGGCAUCCUGUCCCCACCCCUCAAGGAGGAGUUACGGGAAAAGAGACAAGGGGAUGUUGAUUCGACUCCUUGGUUACGGUCUGAGUCAGGGGAUGGCUCACUCUAGCCCUGCUGGCAAGACACAUAUGGCCUCAUCACAGGAAAUCAUGGCCUGCUUGCAGCGCAACAUUAUCAACUUCACCCAGCGUCUGCACACGGCAGAGGUUGAAAGACGAUCCUUGAGGGUGGAAACAGCAAAACUCCGACAAGACAACGAGGAGUUAAAGAUGGAAAAAGAGAGAGCUAAGGACAUGGAGAAUGAAAUCACACAACUCAGAGAUAUUAGGCACAACAUGGUCAUGAAGGAGAAGUUUGAUAGCGUCUGUCAGGAGUUGAGCAAAGCGUUGUCACGGGAACAGCAGGCCCAGGAACUACUGAACGAGCAGAGCCGGCAACUAGAGGAGCUGGGAAUGAGACUGAAUAUGUAUACCACGGAGGAAUUGGAGAAAGAUGCAACGAUAACUGAAGCUGUCAAGGGUUUGUCUGAGGCCAAGAUGGAGCUACGACGUAAGGAGCAAUCCAUCCAUCAACUCAGCAAGAAAUUAUCUCUCCUGGAAGAAGAGAAGAAGUCACUUCAAGGUAGUGUUCAAGACGUGCAAGAAGUGCUACGCUCCUCCAACAAAGAAAAAGACAAAUUAGCAGGCUAUUUACAGGCAGUGCAAGGAGCUGUGGAAGAUAUAAAACGACAUCUGGUUAGUCGAGCUGAUAACAGAUCAGUUGAUGCAGCACUCAGACAGGUGUUAAUCCAUCCAGAGAAACGAGGACUUGAUGGUAUAAGUGCUGAGGUCAUUGCUAUUAAGAGUCUUGUGGCAGCAUUUGUGGAUACUGUACAGACAUCCUUGUCCCGUCUGGUUGCCUUGGAAACGGAGAUCACAUCCCACAAGCAGCACACUGCAACACUGAAGGAGGAACUGAAUGCUGCCUGCCUCAGGGCGUAUCCCGAUGACGGACAGGAGCAAGUAAGAGAUGACUUCAUGGGACAAGGUUCAUCUAGGAUUCCUGAACGAUCCUUUGGAAGGUCACGACCCCUGUAUGAGACAGACAGAAGUUACAAGGAGCAGUUUGUACCUCUCAGAGAAGAGCCAGAUUUCAGUAUGAUGACACAAGAGGGCGCUAGUGGAAUGAAGACAAGCCUGUACACACCUCAGACGCCUCUGGCAACAAGCACCCGGAGGAAGACACCAAGUAAGGCAAGAAACUUCAAUCAUCACUGAACGAUCACUUCAUCAUCACAUCUAGUUUGUAAUGGUGCUUUUUUUUUUGUCCCCAGAGUAACUUCAAUUCUUUAAUACUUUCAGGAUAUCUUUUUGAUGCUUCAUGUGUUCCAAGGCGCAGCAAAUGUCAGAAGUUAUUAUGUACCAUUCAUUGAGGUCAUGGUCUUGAAACUGUACUGACUGAACACUUCAAGUUGCAUUUCUGUGCUGUUGAUUUUUUAAAGAAAUAACUGUAGAAAUUCUGACUAAAAUUUUAGCUACUGUCUAUUUUGUUUGGGCAAUAUCUCCAGCGGUUCACUUGUAAAGAUCAAGACCAGUUCGCCUUUUUCACAAUUCCUAAAAUUUACUCCCAUCAGUAGUAUCCUUGCCUUGCAUUUUUCAAAAUAGUUUUGGAGCAUUAAAUGGGUGUUACAAAUGAGUGUUUAGGCGUGUGGAUUUGUGCUGUGCUUAUAGAACAAAGAAUGAGAACAUAACUUGACUUCCAUUUCCAAAUUUGAUCAAGCCGAUUGCUGUUUAAGUUUGAAGUAAAUAGUACUAGCUCUCCUCCGACAGCAGAUUUGGGCUUGAUAUUUGCGACUUACUAUUCCAAAACCAGGCUGAAAUAGGUCAUUAUGAUGUUUGGCAAUUCCUUUCUCCUGCCUAUGUGAUCGUAAGUCUAAACUGUGUCUGCAGAAAGCUUAGGUAAUUAUGGACAAUGACAACUUACAUGAACAGUGGAAAUUAAUAAUAAUGAAUAAUUAAUAUUAUUAAUAUUAAUAAUAUUAAUAAAUAAUUCAUAACUUAAAGGACAUGAAGUUUACUUCAGCUUCGUUUUGGAAUAGCUGGUCACAUUUUCAACUAAGUUUUCAGCUUCCCAGGUCAUUUUCUUUGCCAUGUUGAAAUUAAUGUUAACCCUAACGCUCCUCAGUCCUCCAACAGGUGAAGGAUUGAGGAGGGUUUAGGGUUAAUAAUUGCCUUUGAUGUUUUGGCAAUGCCUUGGCAAUGGGAGCAUAUCUUUUAACAAUUUUAAAAUGAGCUUUCUUAAAGUGCCUGUUGUGAUGCAACUUGAAAUGGCCGCUGCAAUAUCCUAACAAUUCCACAAUUAUUCCAUUUUGCAUGAGCGAAGACCAUUGUUUUUUUUUUUUAAUCUGUAUAUAGUUUUGUAAAUCAAAAGAUAAAGUGUACAUACUGACUUGUAAGAUAUUGUCAGCUUGACAAAUAAAACUGAGUGCUUUGUCAA